CCACUAACCGGGCGGCGUGACAGGUGGCAGGUGCCAUCGCUGAGCGGCACAUGCCAGCGCGGCCCGUUUCCAGACGGCGGAGCUGCCAGAUGCCAGUCAGGGACUGACGGGUGUUUAAGAGUAGGAGCAGAAGCGGAGCUCUUCAGCAUACGGAGAUCAUCAUCAUCAUCAUCACCACCAUCACCGCUGUGAAAGUCUGUUUCUCUAGAACUCAGCAUGUCGCAUAAAAACACUGAACGAUGUGCAGAAAUUUCGAGGAUCUGUGGAAUUUAAUUUCAGCUUUAACCCGAGAUUUAGAGAAGUGGACGUGUUUACUACUGUAUUAAACUGUAGGAUGGGAUCGGAGCAGUAAGAGUGAGGGGAAAGUGAAGACUGUGAACAGAAGUGUGUGUCUCUGUCCCUGUGUGUCUCUGUGGUGGUCUCCGCCCACCCAGCCGCUCUGAGCUGAGCUGAUCUGACCUGACGGGGCUGCGCUGAAGCUCCGUCCUCCACUCUGCGCGGAGUCCAUGGAGCGGGAUGGCGCCGUUCCCCGAUGAGGUGGACGUGUUCACCGGGCCGCACUGGCGGAUGAAGCAGCUCGUCGGCCUCUACUGCGACAAGCUGUCGAAGACGAACUUCUCCAACAACAAUGAUUUCCGCGCGUUCCUGCAGACGCUCUGUGCCACCUUCAAGGUGUUCAAGAUACACGAGCAGAUCGAAAAUGAAUACAUAAUCGAGCUGCUGCAGCAGCGCAGCCGCACCAUCUACAACGUGCACUCCGACAACAAGCUCUCCGAGAUGCUCUCGCUCUUUGAAAAAGGGCUCAGGAAUGUCAAGAGUGAGUGUGAGCAGCUCAACUAUGCACGGCAGCUGAAGGAGCGGCUAGAGGCCUUCACACAGGACUUCCUCCCUCACAUGAAGGAGGAAGAGGAGGUGUUCCAGCCCAUGCUGAUGGAAUACUUCUCCUAUGAGGAGCUGAAGGCCAUUAAGAGGCAGGUGAUAGCGCAGCACUGCAGCCAGCAAUGGGACAAGGCUGAGGAGGUGCUGAAGGGAUUAAAUCUCUGGAGCCAGGCUGAGGAGCUGCACAAGGCCUUCAAAUACUCUGAUCAUGAGAAGACCGAGGAUGCAGAGCGGGAGAAUCGCACGUACACACACAUCUCGGCCCUGCCGGAGGAAGUCUUGGUGCGGCUUUUCCAGUUCCUGGGACCGGAGGACCUGUGCCGCUGCAGCCAGGUGUGCAGUACCUGGGCACAGGUAGUUAAAACGGGUUUACUCUGGAGACACCUGUACCCAGUCCGCUGGGCCAGAGGUGAUUAUUACUGUGGUGGCCCUGGGGAGCUGGACCAGGAUCCAGAUGAGGAGUGGGUUCGGAACCUGGAAGAGGAAGGGCGAGCCUAUCAGGAGUGGGACGAGGAUGCGGAUGUUGAUGAAUCAGAAGAAGCAUGUGAGGACUCUCUGGCCAUUAGUACAGUGCGCAGAGAGAAGAAGUUAUUGAAUGGAAUGAUCCAGAACCUUCUCCCGGCCGUGGGGCCCUCAGUACGCACCGUUAGCCUGGCUUACAGCGCUGCUGUGUCCAGCAAAAUGGUGCGUCAGAUCCUCAGUCUGUGCCCAAACCUUACACACCUGGACCUCACACAAACUGAUAUCACAGAUUCAGCUUUUGACAGUUGGGCACAGCUGGAAGCAUGUCGCUCACUUGAACAUUUGGACCUAUCGGGCUGCGAAAAGAUCACUGAUCACACUCUGAAGAGACUGUCCCUGGGAUUAGGUGACCUGACUCUACCCAAGAACAGCCCUGAACGCAGAGCCAAACUUCUGAAGGGCCCAUCCUCUCCCAUCAGACUUCUGGACGAGCACUCUGCUUAUGCAAUGGAACGCACCCGGCAGGCUCUGAUCUUUAAGCGGAGGCCUGGUGGGCAGGGCAUGGCCUGCAGCCCCGUUUGGGUUUUGGAUCCAGCUGAGCUGGCUGACAUCGAGGAUGCAGUUGAUAGGAGCAAACGUGGAGGUGUGACUGCGCAGGAUGAGGGGCGUGGUGGCAUUUUAGAGCUGCAGGCAGGAGGUGGGUCUUGCUGCUGCAGGAGAAGCAGGAGGCGGAGCUACAGGACUGGUGCUGAUGCAGGUUCCUCCUACUGGCAGCAUCUUUAUGGCUCUCUGCAAUGUGGUCAUUCUACAUGCUGCAGUUCAGACACUGCGAUCAGGACAGUGAGUGGAGCGCAGUGUGAGCCCCAGGCCACAGGGGGCAGCGAUGGAUUUCGGACUAAAUGCCUUUCUGAAGGCGACUCGAGGACUAAUCAGUCAGGAGCCUGUCGAGCUCUCAGGUUCCUCAGCCUGUCAGGAUGCUAUCAGGUCACAGAUCUUGGUCUGAGGUGUCUGUCUCAGGGAGGAGGGCUCCCCCUGCUGGAGCAUCUGAAUCUCUCAGGCUGUCUGUUCAUCACUGAGGUGGGACUGCGGGAGCUGGUGUCUGUCUGCCCCUCACUCAACGACGAACACUUCUACUACUGCGAUAACAUCAACGGUAACGCACACACACAACUGCUACGUAACUGUAACUUGUUAGCCAGUCUAACACACUGCCCUGCACUUAAAGAUACGUUUACACACACGCGUCUUGUUUGGAGCUUUCCAGUUUUCCUUCAGGACUGAUGUGCUAAAACACAUUAGUCUGUAUGUAAUAAUGGGCAGGUCUGCUACUGUAAUUACACCUGUAGAAAGUGGCACACUGUGUUCUCUGGUUUUGAUAAGCAUGGCACAAUUACUGCAUUCAGUAUGAACCACUUAAGAGCAAUGUGAUGAAUGAAUGAUUAUAUCUGUGUAUCUCUCUAUCUGUCUGUCUAUAUAGAUAUAUCUGUAUAACUACUCUUUUUGUCUGUCUAUCAGCCAUCAGUAGUCUGUGAUUAAUCGUUAACCAACAAGCGUAAAAUGAAUGCCACAACUCUGGUUCUUAUGCAGAUAGUUCAGGUUUUGGAAUCUGUUUGGCUGAGCCACAUUCAAGGCCAUUUACUUUAUCUGCACUCGCCAUUCAGUGCUAAUAAACUAUAGUUUAAGUGACCCUUAUUAGUCCCACAAUGGGGAAAUUUCACCUCUGCAUUUAACCCAUUCGUGAACUGAAACACCACAUACACUCUCUAAUGAGCACACACACUAGGGGGCAGUGAGCACACUUGCCCAGAGCGGUGGGCAGCCCAAUCCGCAGCACCUAGUUGGGGGUUGGGUGUCUUGCUCAAGGACACCUCAGUCAUGUGCUGUCGGCUCUAGACAGCAAUGCUGAGAGGUGGAGCCAGGCAUACCACAAAUUUUGAAACCAUCAGCUGCCCUUCCAAUUGUAUGGAAGGUUCAUAAUGAAUGGACAAACAGAAAUGAUCCAAAAUUACUUAAAUAGAAUAAAUUUUGUCUAUUAACGUCCAGUGUAUGUUUUUGGAGAUCCAAGUUCAUUUCAGUAAAUGUCUUGUUCAUUUUUAAAUGAUUAAAAGCUUAAAGAUUUCAGAAAUGACUGAACUGUUUAAUCAUGGCUUACUAGCAGCUCUAUAUUCUACUAGCCCAAGUCAAAACGAACAUCAAUGCCAUACCUGGGGCAACCUUGGGUCAGUGUAUCUCAGUAACUCUGGACGUUCGUAGUUGUCUGUUUUAGUGCUUGCAGAUAUUUCCUUUGAUAUGGUACAUUUGUUGCAACUAUUGCCUGUGUGCUUAAUUUAAAGCGUUACUCAACUUGAAUGAUAAACCUGCCCAUUCAAAUAGGAGCUGUUUAUUUACUGGAAACGGUGGAACAUUGAUUGGAAACAGUACAACAGCGAUGGUUUAUUUGUUGGUUAAUGAUUAAUAUUUUACGUGCUUAAUUGAAACAUUUAGCUCUAGAAUUUUUUUUGUGAAUUUUUUAGGUAGUUUAUAAGAGUUUCUGUUGUAGAAAUAUAACUUUGUGUAGAAAUGUAUUUUCUGUUUGAUGAAUAAAUGGUGUAAUUAGUGCUUAACCCAGCUCUCAUGCAACACUGGCCUUGUGUGCGAGAUGCUGAUGGGUGUACAGUACCUCAAGGUAAGUAUAAAGAAACUCUCUAGAACCAGGCAGGCUGACAUUUCAGCAUUUCUAAAGCACUACUUCACUUCCACUUUGUCCAGUGGAUGAAUACCUUUAUAAUGACAACUGAACUGCGCAACUAGACAAGCUGCCUUCUUUGUUUACACAGUGGCCUCUGUUAGCCAUUAAAAGUAAAACAUUAAAGUGGAAUAUUCCAAGUUGUUUUUUUAUUAUUCGUCUCAGAUUUCCUUGGUGAUAUGAGUCCAGGGGUUGAUAUGUUUACAAUGCCAUUUUAUUUAUUUAGUAUUUGUGCAUAGUUUUGAUAAUUAUUAAAUAGUGGUACAUUUACUUUGCUGUGCUAUUUGCCUGGGAACACUCUUGCAUAUAAUCUCUGAAUAGAUUUUAAAAAUACCCUUUAGACCAAAACCUUGUCAAAACUAUUGUUAAACAGUGUCUGACAUCAGGCAGCGAAUGCAUCACAAUUCAUGUAAAAGUUUCCUGUGUGAUAGCUUUUAGAGACGUUAACCUUUCAGGCAUCUGAUACCCAUCACUACCACUGUGAGCAAUUCUGUCUCUUUCUAGUUUCUCUAGAACAGAGCAUUUCACAGCAAACCUCUCUGAGUGACAGCUUAAUGAUUUAACUGUGCAGAAGUUUAGAAUAAUCUGUGGAAUUCCCUAUUAAAUAGAAAAAAUAGUGAGAGUUUUAUGUCAUCAUCCAGGGAAUCAUCUGAUUUUAAAUUUGUCGCAUCAAAGAAAUACACUGACCUGCUACUUCAUUAUGAAAGGCCUCCUAGGAUCUGCACACACUGUCCAUUUGAUCAGCUCCACGCUACAAAGUGUAGUCCAUCCAUUUCUUUGCAUGCUUUGUUAGCCCCCUUUUACCCUGUUCUUCAAUGGUCAGGAACCCUACAGGACCACCGUAGAGCAAGUGUUAUUUGGGUGGUGGAUCAUUCUCAGCACUGCUGUAACACUGACGUGGUGGUGGUGGUGUGUUAAUGUAUGUUGUGCUGGUACAAGUGGAGCAGUCACAGCAGGGCUGCUGGAGUUUUUCAACACUGUGUUCACUCACUGCCCACUCUGUUACUCUCCUUCCUUGUGGUCACAGGACAUUUGUUGGUAGGUUAUUUUUGGUUGGUGGACUAUUCUCAGUCCAGCAGUGACACUGAUGUGUUUUAAAACUUGACCAGCGCUGCUGUGUCUGAUCCCCCCACCCAAAUAAUGCCUGUUCUGUCCUAUGGGAGUCCUGACCACUGAAGAACAGAGUAAAUGGAGACUUACAAAGUAUUCAGAGAACCAGAUGGACUACAGUCUGUAACUGUAGAACUACAAAGAGAACCUAUGUAGUAAGUGGAUCUGAUUAAAUGGACAAUGAGCGUAGAAACGAAGUAUGUAAUGAAGUGGCCGGUCAGUGUGUAUUUAAAAGAAUUUUAAAUUAUUUAUUAGUUAUUCUGUUCCAGGCAUUGAUGUGGAUGUCUAACUUCUGUCUUUUUCCUCUACCUCUCUGUUUUUAUCCCUCUUUCUCUACAGGUCCCCACGCUGAGACGGCUAGUGGAUGUCAGAAUCUGCAGUGUGGCUUCAGAGCCUGCUGUCGCUCUGGAGAGUGAUCAUUCCCUCUUUCCUUCUCCCACCAAGUGUUUCCCUGCACUUUCAUUUGCUCAUUGCUCCUCUUUUCCCCUUUUAUUUUUCUUUUGCUUAUUCCUGUGUUCUCCUCUGUCUUUAAACAGUGCUCCAGUGUUUUUAACCUGGUAUCUAUCUACUAGAUCGUAGUGUUGUAGCAUCAAUUUCCACCGACUUCAAAUUCCGAAUGUUUAGCUGUACCUAGAAAACCCAUUGGCUUAAAACAAGAGAACCCAUUGUUAAGUUGCUAAAUUCUGUGAGUGGCCAUAUAGUACAAAUUCCAAACUGCAAACUUCAUCCUUCUGGGGUUUGGGAUGAGAGAGACAUAAAGGGAUUUCUUGGAAAGUUAUAUCAAACUUUUGACCACUGGAGCAACACAGUAAAAGUAAUUCCAGUCAUUGUAGGUUUCCUGCAGCCUGAUUCUGUGGCAGUCAGCCUCAGCCUUUACACUGGUAACGAAUUACCACAUAUUCAUCCCUCUGGAAAACUAGCCCCAACUCUGAAGGAACAAAUAUACACAUUUUACAAAAACUUUUGAUUGAAUAAUUCAUAGAAGUGUUGUUUUAGCAUAAACCUUAACUGACCGGAUUUAGCAACUGCCCAAUUUAGUCAUUCGAGUGUGCAGUUAUUUUCUUAUUUUUUGACCGUACACUACCAGUGGACAGACAUUGGGUUGAAAAGAAGUUGAGAAUUUCCAUCUUUCUCCUCCUAAUCUUCACUGCUCUUCUCUCGCAUGCUUUUUUUUUUUUUUUUUUUGUUGUUGUUUUUUUUUCCCCUCUCGUUCCUUCAUUCUCUGUUGUCUCUUGUCCCGUUGCACCUAAUCGUUUGCACUUUAAAAUUUGGAGUGCCUCCUGGCUGUACUCUGUCACACAUGGGAUAGUCUCCAUCGAAAGAGACACUAAAUGGAGUUUUAAAAAAAGAAAGGAAAAAAGAAGUUUCUUUCUCGCCACUAAGAAAAUUCUUAGUGGCGCUAUGCUCUUCUGAGCGAUUGUACUGUUUAAAGAUGAUAACAUGUACGUUUUGUAGAUGAUUGUGUUAUUGAAGUUAUUGAAGAUCAUGUUUGGGAUUUGGAAAGGACAGGUUGCUGUUUGAUCCUAAUUUUGAGUGCUUCAAGGAAGUGUAACUUUCAGCACAAAGUUCUUGCAUCUUCAUUUUUGUUUUCUUUUUUUUUCCAUGGCAGUGAUAGCUCACAAAGCUGUAGACCUAUCCUGUAGACUCUGCCUAGUGAACAUGUAUGACUCCCUGCCUUGCGAUUACUGUACAGUUCCUUUGGCUUUGCUGCUUCUGUAAACAUGUGCUUGGCUUCCUUUCUCAUUCACGCAGACCUUGCAUAAGGAAGACCACUGGAGGGCACUUUGUCCUUGGGUUAAGCCUGGUUUAGGAUUGCAUUGCAUUGUCUGUUGUAAGUAAUUAAAUAUAUACGCAAACAC